AUGUCCCCCUUGCGAACACACAGCAAUGUGAUCAGAGCUCUGCGGCAAGCUCUGGCCAAGCAGGUGCAAGUGCCUGUGGAGACGGUGAAUGUUGAACUUUCGCCUGGGAGUACGCUGGCACAUGCUCAGAUCGAAGCUCCGAAUUUAGAGAAGGCAGCGCUGGUGGUGGACCGUGCUGCGGCAAUGUGGGGACAGCCGCUGCUGGAGCGGCAAUGUCAGCUUGGCCCAGGUGCCUGGUUUAUCGCUGGUCGGAAGCGCAAAGCUGCGAUUGAAGGUGAUCUCUGCUACGUCUGGGCCAUUUGUGGAGCUUCCUGCAAUGCGCUCAAGAUCCCACAGCCCCGAGAGAGGGGAGACACCAUGAACUUGCGAACAUCUUCGUACGUUCUGCAUGUUGCCGAAGCUGGCAAAAGCCAGGGGAAGCGCGGUCGUUCUGUUUCGACGAGACUCACCUACAACACUACCGAAGAGGCCAUCCUUGCCUGGGCGGCAGCGCAACAGAAGAAGAAAGAGGAAUCGCCUUUAUCCACUCGGGCAUCAAGCGAGGACAUCGACCUAUCUCAUGGCACUGUGCUCAAAGGUAGCAAAGCCAUCUCACCCGACCGCUCGUUUGUGGCGCCUUUCUGA